AGGACAGCUGCAGCCAUUAGGACUGCUUCCAUGACUUGUGUGCAGGCACUUCUCCAAGGGGAGUUGCUGUCUUCUGACCAGCUGUCUGCAAUGCUGGAGGAUCUCCUUCCCAAAAUGCUUCUGUGUCGUGACUGGAGUCUCGGUGCUCGGGUGUUCCCAGCAUGCGCUACAGCUACGUCCAUUAACAGGCUUAAAUUCUGGAAGGCCUAAAUACAUGAGCACAAUACGCACCGGUACAAGAACAAUAUUAUUGCUGUUACACUUACAUGUUUUGCUCUUGUCCUUGAGUUUAUCAAUCUUCCUUUUCUCUCUGAUUCUUUUUCUCUCUUCUUUUAUCAAUGCCGUCGC